UAUAUUUUCAACCCCUUUUGACAAGGUUUCUUGAUAUACGCAACAAUGGCGUGUGGACCUACUGUCUACUGUUCUUCUUCUUCUCCUCCUCCUCCUCCUUCUUUUCAUUCUUCUUCUGAGCCAUCCUUUCGAACUACCAGAGUUUUGGUUGUGGAUGAUGAUCCAACUUGUCUCACCAUUGUUGCUGCAAUACUCAGGAAAUUCAAGUAUCAAGUGGUGACAGCAAAAACUUCAAAGGAUGCAUUGAGAACUCUUCGGAUGAAAAAGGAAAGGCUGGAUUUGGUAGUAUCAGACGUGCACAUGCCAGAAAUCAACGGUUUCGAGCUGCAGCAAGCCAUCGCAACAGAAUUCAAUAAUCUCCCUGUCGUCUUAAUGUCAGUUGACACAGCCCUGCUGGAAGAGAGAGUGUCUUCCUUCUUCUUGCCGAAGCCAAUUCGUGCAGAGGAUGUAAUGAAACUAUGGCAAUUUGCUGACCACAGUGAUGAUCAUUAUUAUACCAACGAAACCAAAGCAUCCAACAAACUCAAGUGUAGUAAUUUGAAAAGAAGAGAGGAGACUAGUAGAGAUCGCCCAAAACCGAGACCGGCCUAUAGUUAUUCUUCGUCGAAAAAGGCCAAAGUUGUUUGGAACGACGAGCUGCAUAGCCGCUUCUUGGCAGCCAUUGGAAGCAUCGGCCUCGAAAGAUCGGUUCCAAAGAAGAUUCUUGAGGUCAUGAAUGUGCCUGGAUUGACUAGAGACAACAUAGCAAGUCAUUUACAGAAAUACAGACUGUUCCUAAGAAGGGUGUCUGAAGAAAGUCAGAAAAUGCAGUAUUGUUUGGCAGAAACUGCAGGUUUAAUGAGGAGCUGUAAUAACAAUAACAAUAGCCCUACUAGCUUCUCAGUCCUGGAUCAUCCAGGCAGCUCCUCACUAUUCGGACAAUUCCAGGGGCUGUAUAAUAAUUUUCCAGGUCCAUUUCCUGACGCUGACAGGGCCCUGUCUUCCUUCUCAAAUGACUACUACACCACUCUUGUUGCAUUAGCUCGACAGCCCCAACUGAUUUCCAGCCUCAGACAAACUUUACUUGGGACAACCUCGAACAUCACCAAUCAAGACCUCAUCAUGAUCCAGCACCUAAUUCAUCACUCCAAUGUCUCCCUGGAAGAUUUUGUUACUUCUCUUACAACCUUAAACUCGAUAUCCCCGACCCCGAUUUGUCCGGAAUCAGCUUCUUCCAUUACUACUCCAAUGCCAUUGGAGACGGGCUUUGGCGCCGCGCUGCUUGGAAAUCACCCCCGGGGCCUCGACUAUGUUGAUGCAACCUUGUCCUUGCCGAAUGACAGCAACAUUAGUACUCUUGAUCAAUUGUUUUCUGAAUAUCUUGAAAAGCAUGUGUCUUCUGCUUCAUUUGCAGCAUCUGAUCGACAUGAGGACGAACAAUGGUUUAGUGUGGUCGGAGAUAACCAGAACGUGCAGGCGCCGCCAGAUUCGUCUGCUGUAUUCGAUAACCUUAUGAGCACUCAAUCACAGCCGUUGGAUCAAGAAGGCUACAUCAACAGCACUUUAGUACAAGACCAACAGAAUGGAACUGAAACCAUGACAAGGUCCACUUUCCAUAACCAAUGGGACAACAAUGUCUUGCCAUCGCUCGAUCAAACGACGCCGUCUCAGUUCACGUCCAACACCAUUCUGACUGAUCCUAUCAAGUCAUACGACGACGACGAGUUCGUCGAUUCCUUACUUGCAUCAGAAGAACCGUGAAGAAGUCCAAACUUGAGCAACAUGAUCUUUUAUUAUUAUUAUUAUUAUUAUUAUUAGUUGUGUAACGAACAAACCAAAGUAGAACAUAGGAGAAUGUCUAAUGUAAUGAAGGAAGCCCCAACGUGGGA